AUGUUUCACUCUUAUUCCUUGCUCCAAACAGCUAUCGCUAUCGGAGUCGCUUCCACUGUUCUUGCCAUUCCCUUGCCGCCCGCCCCCGGUGCCAUGAAUGUCGCCGGCAUUCCAGGUUUACAAGGCGUAAAUUCAUUCUCCACUCGUGAUGAGCCGGAGGUUCGCGGACUCAAGAAUGAAGCGGUGUACGGUCUCUCACGUCGAGACCACCAUCGUGAUGGGGAUGUCUUUGCGGUUGACGUUGAGCUUAACGAGCAACAAGCUCGUCGCUAUGGUGAAAAUGGCCUUGAUAUUGAGGCAGAGUCCAACCCCCACUACGACGACGAAGAGUUCACGCACCAUGAUGAUGAUGCUUCAGUUGUUCCGACUGAGUUCGUGAACGUCGAAGAGAGUGAACGCGGGGUUGAUGCGACCCAGCUCUCGGUGAUCGGAAUGGAAGAAUUAUCAGUCGAUGAACCUCUUCUGGGAGAAAUGAAUCAUCGUCAGGAUCUUCGACGCACUGUCGUGUCCUCUGUUCCAUCUGGCGGGAGCCCUGCCUCCAGCAUUCCCGAUCAUUCACGACUAUACCCCCGUCAGUCUGGCAUGAAUGUAAACCCACCGAUAAAUGGUGUGAUAUCCAAAAUUCCCUCUUCUUCCUCGUUACGCGACUCAGCCGACCCUAAGGCAUCGUUCAUAUCUUUGGAUUCUAACGAGGAUGAGGGACCUGUUUACAGGAGUUUAUCCCCAGAAGAAAAGGAGGAAUAUGGUAGUAAAUGGAGACCUAUGAGGAAAGAGAGCCAGAAAGAGUGGAAAGAAAUUGAUUGUAACUGGACACGUUACUUGAAGGAAACCUCGACUGGCAAACAACUGAACACGGAGUCUCAAAAAUUCCAGGCUUUUGUGAAGGAAGCUCUCUUACGACACAAGAGAUACCCGCAGCGAGACACACCUGGAACGGGUGUGCCUCUCAGUCCUCCUGGAGAUGAUACACCUUCCCACUACCGGCGCUCUGGAAAUUUUGGUCCCUUCGGUGCCGACUUGGACUAGUGUAGUUCGGAAGUUUGUAAAGUAGUUAGCGAGCCGUCUUCCUCAUGUGUAUUUGCCUUGUACUUCGCUGACAUUAUUCUGUCUUCAACACUGUUGCCUCAAUCGUACUAUAGUCU